AUGCAGUCACUGAGCACACCAAUUGUAAUCCCAGGAGAGACAAUCGAGGUUGUGGAACGUUUUACGUGUCUUGGAAGGUGUAUCAGUUCCGACUGUAGUGACAAAGGAGGUCAACGCACGAGAUGGAGUACGAGCUGUUUUGUUGUAUGGUUGUGGGACUUGGCCUGUUCGAGCAGCGGAACUGAGACGUCUUCAGGCAUUCAACAAUCGUUGUCUCAGGACAACAGCUUGUGUGAGUUGCUGUGGGAGAACCUAAAACGAGAAGCCAAUGUGGCCGGAUAUCCUGGGGUGGGUAUUGUAUUGAGCGAACUAGCGGAGGCGUCUCUAAUUGAACAUAAGCCCCCACGUGGACAGGCUAAGCGCUGCUGA